AUCUACAGAAUUCAAUCGCGUUUACUUAUUCUAAUUUCGCCAGUCUAAAUAUGAAUAAGUCAAAUAAGUCAGCAUUUCCAAUUUUUGGAAAAAAGAAAAAACAUCCAAAACAACCUUUGGACGUUAACAAUCCAAUUGUUCAAUCUAGGCCACCAAAUCAAACGUCUGGACAGCCUCCUCCUAGUAAUUCUAAUAUUUCAGGAAUCCAUUCAAGAAACCAAUCGCAAGAUCAUGGUUCGCAAUUAACCAAUAUUUUUCAUGACAGUUCUUCAUCAUCAACACGAGAAUCUUCCUCAAGGACAUCAGUUGUUUUUUCUCCUGACUGGUUUGGUAAAGUUGUUAAUGAAACAUUUGGUGGAAAUAAGGAACCUUCCAAGCCUUCCGAUGAUGAAAUCGAAAAUUUGUUUUUAGAUUUAAUGAAUAAAAGAGAUUUAAGGAAACUCUCAGAUUCUCAGAGAAAACAAAUGUUGGCCAUUCCAGUAGAUAAAAAAUGGAUGCUUGUAAAAAAUGAUAUGAUUCAAGAAGGGAACUCACUGUCAAGUAAUACAAAUGUAGUAACAUCCUCACAUGACAAAAAUACACCCGAAUACUAUCUCAAAAAAAUUUUGGAUGGUGCGAUAACUAUCGAAGAUCUAAAUUCUCUUGGUGUUUCUCUAAGGACCUUAACGAUAAAAUGGGUGAGGUCGUUUAUUGACGCUAAAGGUUUAGAAGUUCUUGCAAAUCAUUUGAGUAGCAUUACACGGAAACUGACCAAGUUAUGGGGUGCACAAGAAGCUAUAUCACAUCCUACAUGUAUACAUAGUAUUACAUUCUCUCUUAUUACUCAACAAUUAAACACUCGAAAACUUGUAGCCGAA